GGACCAAAGUCCAACAUCACAUGACUGCAAGAUUUCAGGAAGUGACUUUUAAAGAACGCGUGGAAAGUGUGAGAAAUCAGUGUUAAAAAGUGUUUGUUUCAGACAUGGAGAUCAGCUUGGUGUUGCUGUGCAUGAUGCUGGUAGCCGGUGUGACACCUGUGUCUGCUGCAGCACAGCCGGGUAUCAUAGAGAGCCUUCUAUUGGCUACCAACCAGCGUCCCUGGCUCUGGGGUGUCUAUGUCUUCACUGUUGGACUUCCUGCCAUUCUCUUCAUCAGCUUCAUGUGGCCUGACAAGAGAUUUGGGCCCCCUGAUCAACCGUAUUACUAUAAGAAGUCGGAUGAUUCUCAACCAGAUGAUCCUGAGUUCUCACAGCAGACAGAGACAGUGGAUAUCAAAGGAACAGCUGACAGAGUCGGAACAAGGAGGAGAGACACUCAUGGUAACCAGAGGAAGUGUGACUUAGACCUGAAGGAUCGUUAAACAGUGCAACAACAACCUUAGGAGAGGAUUGCACCACCAGCACACAAAAGGAUGCUCGCCAGUCGUAUUGAUGACAGUGUGAACACAAUAAUGUCUGAGGACUGAUUGUUUUAUGGUUUUGCUUAAUUUACAAUAUCAGAAUAGUUUAUAUAUAUAUAUAUAUAUUUAUAUAUAUGCAAUUCAUAUUUUGUUAUUAUUAUUAUGAAUAAUAUUAUUAUUCAUAAUAAUUCACAAAGUAUUGAUAAAU